GAACGGUUCCCAUUUAAAAGAAUCAAGUAUUCCAUAUAAUCUUCAGGUUAUUUAUAAAGAAAUGUAAUUGAUCAUCGGAUGAUUAAUGGAAUUUCUCCGGAGCUAUUACCUGCUAUCAAAGAGAAAGAUUUUCUCUCUGCUAUUAUUUCGAAACAUUUUUAAAAAUGUAGUUUUGCGGUUUCGCCAGAGGGCGUAUUAUGGCCAGUUGUGACCUCUGGCUAGAACUCCGUAAGGUCAGGUCAGUUUAACGCGGGAAUCGUGUUCGGUCUUGCUAUGUUAGGUUUGUUUAUUAAAGAAAACAAUAGUUUAGUUUAAGUGUGGAAGAGAAAAAACACGCUCAGGCGAUCGAAAUUACAACAGUAGUCGUAAGCAUAACCUAGUUUACUAUCAGGAGUACGAUCUAACGGUUAGCUUGAUAUAGUUUCGUAAGUAACUGUGAAUUUAGGGCUAAAUCCUCCUGAACAGGAAAAAUGGUCAAAUAAAUAAAUAAAUAAUAGCAAGAACAUGUUUUGUUUACGUGACCUUAAUUCGGUAUGUAAAUGCGUUAUUUCACGUCGUUAAUAUCAUUAAGCAACUAUAAUUUAUGUGGACAGAAGCAAAUAAAUGAAUUUUAAGAAGUGAAGUAAGAGUGUGACAGUGAACGAUAGUUUUCUAAGAAGACUGAAAAUGUUUAAACGAAAAAGUUUAAUUGGACGAAAGAACUUGACUAGAAAUAGUAAAUAUAGCAUAGGCUCUGCUAUUCUGGAUCCCGACACGGGUAACUUGGACGAAGAACAGCCGUACUGGUGGAAACAUUUGGAGAACAAUACGCUGAGUCGUCUGCCUUUGAAUUCGACUAAAUUUAGUCAAUCGACUGAUAUUCUAAAUUCCGACUCCGAAGUAGAUAGUAACCAGGCUCCGGACCAGUGGUGGAACAUGUUGAACGAUUUGGACAGUACAACUUCUGGAAAAAUGCAAAAAAGAAAGAAGGAGAAAGAUAUAACUGACAACAAUGUAUCUCAAGAGACCACGUACGAGCCUGUAAUAAGAAAGGCAAAGUUGCCUUUGCAUCCAAAGAAAAGGAAGAGUAGAGGUAAUAUUUUCUUGGACAUUUCAAGUGCUUCAGAGAACACUGUAUCUAGUUUACCUAGAAAUAAGACCGCGAGUAGUCCUGCCAAACGAGUAGACAAUAUCGGUCGAUCAGAUGAAAGUAGUACAAGCGACAUAAUAAAGCCGAGGCCUGACGUUUCUAAGAAAACCGCUAAGAAUAAAAGUAAGAAUGUGUCUGGUGCUGUACUGGCGGAAAACGAGUUAGGAUUACCAAAGCGAAAAUCUAUAAUAUUAGCUUCUAGCAGCGAGCUUGCAAACUCAGCUGCAACUGAAACCAGUGUUUCAAUUAUGAACGAAGACAAUAUUUCUGCGCAUCCAAAAGCGCAAAGUACAGUACUCGAAGGUAGUGCUAUGCCUGAGGCUGAUAGCACGAAAGAUAGUAAUAAUAGCAUCAAAGAACAUGUGAUACGUAAACCGAAGUCUGCGUUAUUAAUCCGACAUUUCAGAAAUAACAGGAGAAACCUGUUUAACGAUGUAAUCGAUGACGAGGAAACUACCAUGGAAAUAGAGGAAAAUAAGUUAGUUGAUAAAAGUAAUACAGGAAUUGAAGAAGACGUGGAACACUCAUCGAAGCAAUCGAAGUCUACGCUGAGAAUAUCUCCAGAAAUCGUUAAAGAAAUGUCUAAGAAGAACGUGGUGACUGAGGCUUCUUCAUUACCCGUCGAGACGUCGGAGAAUGAGGAUCUUUUCUCAGUUCCGGAGUUAACGCCAACUUCACGUACUUCUCAAGCAUUUGAUAGUACUCGAACGAGAAAGAGCAGGUAUUCUAGAAAUUUACGGAAACGAUCGGCUUCUAUUGACGUGGAAAAGGGACCAGAAGUUGCUUCAUCUGAGACCCCGACGAAAAGACAGACCCGUAGUUCGAGUAGGCGAGUCCCGAAACCGAUAGUAGAGGAGAUUGAAUUAACUGACGAGCCCGUGCAGCACGAUCGCUCCAAGAAGAAAAAUACCAGAAGACGACUUAUUAGCGAAUCUGUUGCCGAAGAUAAUGUUCAGGUAUUGAAAACUAGAAACACAAGUAACGAGCAGAAGAACAUGGUAUCACCUGUUGCCGAAGAAGCUAAGCAAAUUAAGGUUCAAGAUUCUUCAAAGAGUCCGAGUAGGCUGCGAGGACGUUCACCUAUGGUCACGAGUAACAUUGAAACGGAAAAAGACAUCCUUCAAAAGCGGAAUACCAGGAGUACGAGCAGAGUCCGAAAUCAAUUACUAUCACCAGUUACAGAAACGACUGACCAAAAUAUAAAAACAGAGGCCACGAAAAGAAGAAGUAAACGUCUGACCAAGUCACAAGAACAUUCUGUUAAACCUGUUACGAGUGAGUCUGAAUCGGAUGAAGAUAUUUUUAUUUGUAAGCAGAAUAACAAGAAUACGAGCAACGUACAGAAAGAAUCAUCACCUAGUAAAGAAAAAACUGAGGACAAUCGGGGAGGUUCAUUUCUUGCUACUAGUGAGGGUAAAUUAGAGGAUACGAGCGCUUUGAAGCGACAUAUCAAGAGUAAACAGCCGGUAUCACCUGAAAAACAGCACGCGGCAGGAAAUGUUGAACAAAUUGGGGGAAUAGAUGCUUCAAGAAGAAAAACUCCAUCUACACGAUUGAAUGAAAGAAGUGGUCAUUUAAGUAAAUCGCAACGAGAUGGGAAAGUUCCUGUUACAGGUGUGUCUAAAUCAGACUUAGGAGAGAAUGUUGUAAACGAAGAACGAUCUGAAUCAUCUACUGUGCGAGAUGUUUCGUCAAAUAAAAGUACGAGUUCAUCGCGAAAUUACACGUUAAGGCUUGUUUCCAGCGAUUCUGAAUCGGAAAACAAAUCGUUUACUUCAAAACGUAGCGGCAAAAGGAGAUCGAAAAAGAACGCACCUGUUGCAUCUGUUGUGAACGAAAUGAAAUCCAUUAGCAUCGAAAAAACUCCUAAAAGAGCGAGCGAUAAUUUUCCGAGUAAGCCGCACGCAUCGUUUAUACAAAUGUUAAAUAAACCUGAAUUGGAAAAAGUCGAGGAUAUUCCAGAACGAAACAGGAAGACGAUAAAUGAAAUCGAGGAGGAACUAGAUUUAUCUCGUACGCUCAUUAGUCAAUCGAUCGGUGCGACGAAUAUUUCGAAAAAACUGAAUGUUCGCUUAAAUUGGUCUACUAAACUUUUCGAGUCUUCAUCGGACGAAGAUUCUGAAGAGGAGUUUUCAAAACAAAAUAGAAAUAAUUUGAUUGAAGUGCGAGAAAGAACUUCUUCUACACCCCAGAAAGAUAUAAGAUCUAGUGCGAAGAGCAAAAACAAACGAUCGGAAUUGCUUGAUAUUAGCGUGUCUCAGUCGUUGAAAUUCGAGAGAAGUAUAAGUAAGCGAGAAGGAAGCCCGAAGCAAACUGAUUUAGCCAUUAGUCCAAACAGUCCUGAGAUUCAAACCGGUCGACCACCUACCAAAGAAGAAUCAAUUUCGUCAACUAUAAAUAAGUCGAUAGGAAAGGUUGAGACUACUGAAAACGUUCGGGGCAAAAGUUUAAACACUUUAAUUAAAGACGCGAAACAAAAUAGACUAGUAGUAGUUCUCGAGAAACUGAAGGAGAAGGAUGCGUUCAAUCCAGAUGCUCCUACUAGUGCUAAAAGGGAUAAUAAGAAGAAUAUAAGCAGAAGGAAAAAAUCUGUUCCAAAUGUUUCCAGCAAACCGGAAAUUAAAAAUAAAGCGCAGUCGAUAGAGAAGGUUGAGAUUAUUGAAAACGUUCGGGGCAAAAGUUUAAACACUUCAAUUAAAGACGCGAAACAAGAUAGAUCACUAGGAGUUCUCGAAAAAACGAAGGAUACGUUCAAUCCAGAUCCUCCUCCUAGUGUUAAAAGAGAUAAUAAGGAGAAUGCAAGCAGAGGGAAAGAAUCUGUUCCAAAUGUUUCCAGCAAACUGGAAAUUAAAAAUAAACCGCUUAUCAGCAAGGAUGUAAGUGCGAUUCAGAGUCCGUCUGGUGUAAAUGCGACGCCUCUUUCGACUAAUAAAAAACAGAUAAUUUCAAACACUAGUAAGAAAACGCCUAGGAAACCGUUGGUCGCUACGAGCAGAGAUAACAAACACGUUUCAAAGGGACAAAAGAGCAUUACGAAUUUCUUAAAAGUAGAAAAUGGGAUGCCGGCUUCGGUGUUCUUUUCAAAUAAGAGCCAGGUGGAAGAGUUGAAGAAGAAAUUGGACAGAGUGAAGGAGCAGGCAAUGGCUGAUACGCAGGGCAAGAAGACUGAGAAAGUAACAAGCCCGAUUAAAAAGGGAAUAACAUCAAAGUCUAAGAAGCAGGGUCCAACGAAACCGAUUCACAAGGCUUACCUGGUGAACGGGCAACCGUACAAACCACCUAAACUCGUUCGUCCGAAAAUGUGGGUCACCGAUCGUUUUUACAAACACUUGUGGAAGCACCUGGAACCCAAGUAUAAAUUAGAGACGAGAGUGGUCUCCGAAAACUUUGUGCAGCAACUCGCAAAUGUAACGUCGAGGAUAAUGAGAGUUAAAUCCUUUGCGAAAUACAAGACUGACAUGUACUGUUUGAUGAAAGAAAUGGCACGACUCGGUAUUAUUCGUAAUCGUUGGGAUUUUUAUAACUUCUGCCACGACUUCUUCCCUUACGAGCUUCGCUUUAAAUUGGUGCCGAUGAUGUUGCCGGGAAACAUUAGAAAUAUACCGUACAGUCCAGAGAAGCUGUACGAGCCUAUUUAAGAAUCUCGAACGCUCCCCCCUGAAUUAAAAUAUGGAUCUUAA